AUGAUUACAAAGGGAUUUCUUUGCAUCCAGCUUAUAUUUUUCUUUGGUCAGCUUCCAUGGCCCAAACUACGUAUGUAUUUCGUCAGUAACACUACUGAUAGCACUUGCCUUCAUACUUGUUUUAACCAGCACUUUGACAGACUUGCAGUAAUGACUUGGAACUGCCUAUGUCUUGCUCCAUCUCUGCUACUCAUGGAGUUAAUUUCCUUUCAAGUGGUCCAUGCCAACAGGAAGAAUUCCCAGCAGCAAAACAGCAUGGAAAUGAAGGCUCAGUCAUCUCUAAAGGAUGAUGAGGUCAUUACUACAAUGGUUUCAAUUGACUUCAACAGGGACCACAGAAAUUUGACGUUAUACAUGUUAAGUGUCUUUUUAUGAAUACUGUUGGAGGCCUAGCUUUUAUACAUCCUGCUUGCCUGGAACAAAGUCAAAGGCAAGAGGCUGAAGUGGGAGUGUGAGGUGUGGGAGGAGUCUCCAGCAAUGCUGAUGGCUCUGCGGAGCCAUGCCUGUGUUGUGAAAGGAGCUCCAGAGCAGUGUGUGUCUAUCAAUACCUUGGUCACAAUCUCCAGCCUGGUUCUAGUCAUCAAUUUCUUUUUCUGCCAUUAUGCUUUAGGUUGUAAAUGUUAA